GCUUGUUUUAAAGAUUUUUUUAAUUUAUAAAUCAACCAGAAGAAUCACACAAUUGAAACACACAAUUGAAACACAUAGGUUAGAUUAUCCGUUACCAAACCAAGCUCAGAUAACAUAUUUCAAGAAGCCGCCAAAAUUUUGGUAAUACUAUUCUGCUGGACCAGAAGGAUUCGUGUGUUUGUUUGAGCUUUUUCUUGCAAUUAAAUUUUCAAGUGUAUGUUCUUGUUAUGAUGAUGUGAGAUAAUAGACUUGGCAUAAGUUCAUCAAAGGGAAAAUGUUUCUUUCUGCUGCAAAACCUUGCCUUUGCUUUGAUUCUUGCUCAACGCUUUAUCCAAGCAUCAGCCCUUCUUUGAAAAUUAGCUACUCUCGUAACAAUGUGAGGUUAAAUGUUAGUUCUAAAAAGUCGGAACCCGAACAGAGUUCUGAUGCUAGACCUCAUUCGAAGCCUAUAGAAAAAGGACAGCAUAGGGAAAGUAGAGCUUCACAAAAUGAAGUGAAUGGAGAGUCUGAUGGUAAAGUAUACCCUACCACAAUUCCCAAGAAGCCAAGGCGUGGUCGAAGGAGUGAAGCAGCUGCAGUUGAAGAUUUCAUGCGAGAUUCCCUGGAACGGACAUUUGCAUCUAUUAGGGAGCAGAAUUCAGAAGUUAUGAAGGAUAAGGAACAGAUUAUGAAGGAAAAAAUUGACGAUGCUGUUGAAAGUGAUGAUGUUGAUGAUGGAAGUGAAGAGAGCGUAAAGUCAAAAAAGAUGCUGGUCGAGGAGGACAAUCCAGAUUGGCCGCUGGAUGCUGAUGUUGGUUGGGGAAUUAGGGCUUCGGAUUACUUUGAGAAGCACGCGAUAAGGAAUGUAGUGGGUGAAGAUGGUGUUGAGAUCGACUGGGAAGGAGAGAUUGAUGAUAACUGGGUUAAGGAGAUCAACUGUCUAGAGUGGGAGGCAUUUGCUUUUCAUCCCAGCCCUUUAAUUGUCCUUGUCUUUGAAAGAUACAACAGGGCAAGUGAUAAUUGGAAGGUUUUAAAGGAGCUAGAGAAGGCCACUAAGGUGUACUGGAGAGCCAAAGACCGAUUGCCUCCUCGGGCAGUGAAGAUUGACAUCAACAUUGAGAAAGACAUGGCAUAUGCUCUCAAGGUCAGAGAAGGACCGCAAAUAUUGUUCCUGCGGGGAAACAGAAUUCUGUACAGAGAGAAAGAAUUUCGCUCAGCAGACGAGUUGGUUCAGAUGAUUGCACACUUUUAUUAUAAAGCAAAGAAGCCUUCGUGCAUGAGCUGACCUGCUCUUAGUGGCCAGUUUAAUUCAGUUAAAGCAUGUGAAGUGUCAUCCUUACAAAAGAUUGUCUAUUCAAUAUGGCAAUCAAGGCAUCAUUGCUAGCAAUUUAUCCCCUUGUAAGAUGUCAGAAUUCGUUGCACCUGGAAUUUGUGGUAAAUUUUGAAUCCUCAAAUGGAAUGCUACUCCGCCUUGUCUGCCAAAAGACCAGUGUAAUUUCUGUUAAUGUAGUGAUGAACUGAUGAGCUCUUGCUGCAUAAGAGUCUCUGGUUUUAGGUUGUAAGCUCAUGAAGUCUAGAAAGUUUAGAAUGCCAGUUUACCAAUAUGGAGUAUUGAUGCUGAUGGUUAAUGAAUUAAAUUCUUUAUAUAUUCAAUAUUCUUUUCCA